AUGGAAGCACUCGUAGAGAGCAUCGUGCAGGGUGACGCGCGGGACGAGCUCACGGCAGCACAGCUGCAAGCCCUCAUUGGGCUUUUCACCUCAACCUCUGAGGCUCUGUCGCCGUCCCACGCGCUCUUCCGCAAGCUCUCCGCCACCCUUACGGCCCUCACUUCCCUAGAAGGCGCAUCUCAGUGCAUUCGGUUGUGCCUCCUCCUAUGUAGAGAGGUGUCGCACCGCAAAAUCAUUUCUGCACUUAUAGAGGCGCACAACAUACAGGUCGAGUCUAUGGCAACGCCGAGCAUCUCUGAACUGGCAGCGUCGCAUGUGGCGCAUCGCAGCAAUACCACGUACGAGACGACCGAAAACCUCAGCUUCCUGUCUCAGCUGGUUCUUGUCAUGGUGGCCUCGGCUGAGUCGAGGAUGAAGUCGUCCGAUCUCGUAGAUUUCAUUGGUGCCGACGUCGAGAGCACGGUGGAAGUACUGGUGUUCUGCUACGGAAGCGUGUGCGGGGCCCUUCCAGGAGUGUCCGCCGCCGCCUCCGGACUCUACCAGCUUCAUCUGGUCACCCGCCUCGUCGAGCUCCUUCGCGGGCUUACGUUCUGGACUACAUAUGAGGAACUGCACUCGAGCCUAGGGAUCGGCAGCAACGCGAAAAGGACGCUCUUGCAGUCCACUGGUAGCGUUUCGAUGAGCACCCUCUCUGGCCCGUUUCGCCACCACGUCGGCCAGCUCAUCUCCCACCUUGUGGCGUACGACUUCUUUGAUCCCAUGAGUACGUACCUGUCGCGUGCCCUCGGCGAACAUCUAGCAUCGCCUAGCAACUGCAGCCACAGCGACGGUGACGGGGAGACUGGGGUAAUGGCAUUGUCCUUGUUGCGCAACCACCUCCUGCUUCUCCAAAGUCUGCUGACACUGACAGACCAAUAUGCGCUCGUUCUGCGCAAGGCGCUGUGCCGUUGCGGGCUCCUCAGCAAGGUAUGCGGCCCUCUCCUGAGUGUCUUGUGCAGACCACAGGUAUCCCUACCUGGAGAAGGGUCUCUACUCGUGCAGACGGUGGCAGUCGCGGCAACAUUGACGUACCACAGCGGCGAAUGUCACCAGUUUUGGGUCAAGAAUAGCCACGUACUGGUGGCACUCACAGACCGCUCCGUCGCCAUGAUAGAAAGCUGCUGCAUUGAAGACCCGCGCACAUCUGCUGAGCUGGUGGCACAGCUGGUGCGCCUCGUCGUAAACUCGAACUCCAGCGAUGCUGUGGCGCCGUUACUAAAGAUGUGGAAAAGCGUCCUCGACUCCGGUGGCAAACACUAUGUUGCUUGCAGUCUCAGCAAUCCCAAGAACCGUAGCCGCCAGCUGGACAUCAGCAGUCCGUCAUAUGACGCACUGCGGUGCGUAUUUCGCGUGGACACCACCGCCCCACCGCCAUCGCCUCUCGCCGCGGGGUGUGGUACUGCCGACGGCCCACUUCGUCAGCGAAGACGAGGUUGUGGCAACGAGAGCCCGCGAAGCUUGAGCCGCAGACGAGGAAAGGGAGGCGGCGGGCGCACUCGCAGCCGUGGCAGAGCACCCUCAAGGCACCUUCGCCGCCGCGGUUCACGACAAGCGCAUCUUCAGAAACGCUUUCACCUCCUGGUGCAACGCGCAACGACCACAACAGCGGCGGCGCAGGAGCAGGCUCAGGCGCAACUCGACGCCCUUGAUUUGGUCAGUGAUUCCUCCUCUGGAGAAAGCAGCAACAACACGGCAGACGCGUACGAGUCGACUUCUGCUCGCCAGGUGGACUUGUCACGCUGGCGGAAAGGCCCACCCCCGAGAACGAUCCCCGUCCAGUACAUAUGUUCUCUCUCCCACUCAUUGAUUCGCUCGGCCCCGGUGUUGUCAUCCACCGGCUACCUCUUCGACGAAGACGCCAUCAUGGACUAUCUGCAGUACUACGAUGUCUGCCCCAUCUCUGGAGCGCCGAUGUCGUAUGCCGACUUGGCUGUGGAUACAGCGCUCAAGGAGGAACUUUGGAAGGUUCGAACCAACUUCAUGUAG